AUGUCGUCCGUUAAAGCCACAAAGAAGAGCGCCUUCUCGUGUGAGCCGUGUCGUAGGCGCAAGGUCAAGUGCGGCGGCGAGCAACCCAUCUGCAACCGUUGUGCUGCUAGGAGCGAUGACUGUAUUUACAAACUAAACCCGACUCUGUCUUAUACACAACGGCUUGAGGAACGCAUCAAAGAGCUCGAGGAUCAGCUUGCUGCCAUUAAAUCCCCACCUUCAAUUGCCGCUUCAAAUCAUUCUAGUCCGGGCGUCUGGAACGGCCACGACUUGAAUCGCCAUCCAGAUGAACAUGGCAUGACGAGGAGCUUCAUGGGUCUCAAGAUCGACGACAAGGGUGGAAUUACUUAUCAUGGACCUACUAGUCUUUUCAACCUACCCAGUGACCCUCACAAGCACAAGCCGGAUUCAAUAUCCUCCAUUGACUCAGAUGCUCAUAGACGAGAGCGCCUAGUUAACAAUGCAUGGCAUCAGCGUGCGAUGGAAAACUUGUCAGAUAUUCCAGAACCAUUUCAGUAUCUCCUAAACGUCCAUUGGUGUUGGAUCCAGCCCUUGUUCAACUUCAUUUACAGGCCAGCCUUCACUCGCGAUAUGCAAUCGAUGGGGCCUUACUAUUCUCACACACUUCUCAAUGCUAUGCUUUCACAUUCCAUCCGCUGGGGCAAAAGUGACCCCUCGACAAAACAACUACUGGACCAAUCUUAUGAUGGCGGUGCUGUUUUCGCAAAACAUGCUAGAAGCAUGCUUUUCGACGAACUAAACAGAGGCGUUUGCACCAUCCCAACAGUCCAGACGUUGCUCCUUCUUAGCGCAGGAGAAUGUGGCCACGGAAACACGACACAAGCUUGGAUUUACAGCGGCAUAGCUUUCCGCUUAAUCGACCAUCUAGGUAUAUGCGUUGAUGGUCAGAGAUAUCCCGGAUCCGUUCACUUGACCGAUGAAGAGGUCGAGAUCAGGCAUCGAUUGUACUGGAGCUGCUAUUUCUGGGAUAAGAUCAUAAGUCUCUACCUUGGCCGCUCGCCUUCGCUACAACACACGCUUGUAUCACCGCCGCAAAUCAUUAUGGAUGACUCUGCCGAAAACGAGCUUUGGGUUCCCUUCGACUCUCCGAAUGGUUCAGACUGGAAGUAUCCUCCUGCAACAGCACAUUCCACCUCUUGCUUUAUGAGUGCAUGUCGAUUGUCUGUCAUUUUCAACGAAAUUCUCAUUCACAUGUACGAUCCCCUAUUGGAGAAUACAGAGGCAGAGAUGCAAGAGUGCCUUCAAACUCAGGACCCUGCCAUGAAGCUAUGGUGGGACCAACUUCCGCCUUAUCUCAAGAUUGAGCUCUCUGCCAUGCCAGAGCUAGCACCUCCCUCUCAUAUUGUCACUAUGAACGCCUUAUAUCACACUUUCAGGAUUCUCCUGUUCAGACCUAUGCUCUCCUGGCAAGUGUAUCCAGAGGACGAGGGCCCGCAUCCCAUGCAAAAUCACCUCGUGGAAUGUGUCACAUCUGCAACAGCCAUUAUCGCCAUCUUUGAUCUCUUUUGCCGGACUUUUACUAUCAACCACUGCGUUCUGUCACUCUCUUACAGUGUGUAUAUAGCGGCAACCAUCUUUCUUCUGCAAGUUCAGGCUACUCCAGAAAACCAGCAGGCGGUUCGCAAACUCAACUUUUGCGUCCGAGCCUUGCAACAAGCCAAGACCGUCAAUCCAGUAAUUUCGAGCGCUCUAGAUUUAAUCACUAGGGAAAUGAUCAAUCUUGGUCUCAACCCGGGCUUCAACACGCCACUACAACAACAGCCCAUGCCGCAGCAAAUGCCAGAAGUUUCCAUGCCGACUGAUAUACCAAUUACCGAGACUGUUUACCCAUCUUCGUUUGAGAUACCUACACAACAAUCUCCCUAUGAGCCCGAACAGCUGUUCCAGACACCGUGGGCUGACAACAUGAACCCGGAUGCGAUGGCUGUUGACCGCGGGGUUUUCGAAGCACUGUCCACAUUCGAGCCACUGAGUGUGAGAGUCGGUGCUAUCUACGAAUCGGGGAACAAUCCUCAGAACUUCGGUUGA